GUCUUCUUAUAUAACCACUGCUCCAACGGUUUCCUUCUUCCUCCUCUCCCUCUCCCUUUACCUUCCCCGUGCAGCUACUUGACUGUUGAGCUUGCCUUCCUCUCCCUCUUUGAUCCACCCUUACCCUCUCCGGAGGUUCAAUUGCUGGUGCGCUCUGUUCGCCUUUGUUUGUUUUCCUUCCCUCCCUCUCUCGGACGUUCUGGUUUUAAGAGCGCCGGUCGCUAUCCACCAUGCGUUUCAACGCUGCUUUGACUUCUGCCCUGGUCUCCUCGGCUUCCAUCAUGGGCUAUGCCCAUGCUGAGGAGACCGAGAAGAAGCCCGAGACCACCUCCUUGGCCGAGAAGCCUACCUUCACCCCCACCUCCAUCGAGGCUCCUUUCUUGGAGCAGUUCACCGAUGACUGGGACUCCCGGUGGACUCCCUCUCACGCUGAGAAGGAGGACUCCAAAUCCGAGGAAGACUGGGCCUAUGUUGGUGAAUGGUCUGUCGAGGAGCCCACUGUCCUCAAGGGUAUGGAGGGUGACAAGGGUCUCGUCGUCAAGAACGUCGCUGCCCACCACGCCAUCUCGGCCAAGUUCCCCAAGAAGAUCGACAACAAGGACAAGACUCUGGUCGUCCAGUAUGAGGUGAAGCCGCAGAACUCCCUUGUCUGCGGUGGUGCCUACCUGAAGCUUCUCCAGGACAACAAGCAGCUCCACCUCGACGAGUUCUCGAACGCGUCUCCCUACGUGAUCAUGUUCGGUCCCGACAAGUGUGGUGCCACCAACAAGGUUCACUUCAUCUUCCGUCACAAGAACCCCAAGACCGGCGAGUACGAGGAGAAGCACCUUAAGGCACCUCCCGCCGCCCGUACCUCCAAGGUUACCUCCGUUUACACCCUGGUCGUCAACCCCGAUCAGACCUUCCAGAUCCUGAUUGAUGGCGAGUCCGUCAAGGAAGGUUCCCUCCUUGAGGACUUCAACCCCCCUGUCAACCCCGAGAAGGAGAUCGACGACCCCAAGGACAAGAAGCCCGCCGACUGGGUUGAUGAGGCCAAGAUCCCCGACCCUGAGGCUACGAAGCCCGAGGACUGGGACGAGGAGGCUCCCUUCGAGAUUGUCGACGAGGAGGCUACCAUUCCCGAGGACUGGCUCGAGGACGAGCCCACUAGUAUCCCUGACCCCGAGGCCGAGAAGCCCGAGGACUGGGAUGAUGAGGAGGAUGGCGACUGGGUUCCUCCCACUGUUCCCAACCCCAAGUGCCAGGAUGCCUCCGGAUGUGGUCCUUGGUCUCCCCCUAUGAAGAAGAACCCUGACUACAAGGGCAAGUGGUCUGCUCCCUUGAUUGACAACCCGGCCUACAAGGGACCCUGGGCCCCCCGCAAGAUUGCCAACCCCGCCUACUUCGAGGACAAGACUCCCUCCAACUUUGAGCCCAUGGGCGCUAUUGGUUUCGAGAUCUGGACCAUGCAGAACGACAUCCUGUUCGACAACAUCUACGUUGGUCACUCCGCCGAGGAUGCCGAGAAGCUGCGCCAGGAGACCUUCGAUGUCAAGCACCCCAUUGAGCUGGCUGAGGAGGAGGCCAACAAGCCCAAGCCUGAAGAGAAGGCCGCCGAACCCAGCGUUAGCUUCAAGGAAGACCCCGUGGGCCACAUCAAGGAGAAGGUCGACAACUUUGUCCGCCUCUCCAAGCAGGACCCCAUCAACGCCGUGAAGCAGGUUCCUGAUGUUGCCGGUGGUCUUGCCGCUGUUAUCGUCACCAUGAUCCUUGUCAUCGUCGGAGCCGUUGGUGCCAGCACCCCGGCCCCUGCCCCCGCCAAGAAGGGCAAGGAGGCUGCUGGUGCUACCAAGGAGAAGACCGGUGCGGCCUCCAGCUCCUCCGCAGACACUGGCAAGGGUGGUGCUACCAAGCGCACUACCCGCUCUUCUGCCGAGUAAAGUGGUGCAGCUAUCGGUGGAACAGCACGCAGGAAAGAAAGGGGGAGAGUUUAAAAGGCGAAAAGGUCAAACAAACAAACAAACUAGGGAUAUCCUAACUACAUUGUGUUUUUAUUUUAUACCUCUGUUGCAGCGUUCAAUCAAUGUUUCUUUCUGAUUCCAUGGUGAGAAGGCCAGCUGGGUAUCAGCUGCCGCCUAUACAAGGAAGAGGACAAGCAGACCUCAAUUGGGGGGGUUUCUUUGGGAGGUUAAUGCAAGUGAGAUGUGUAAAAGUAGCCAAGCUGCAGAAUUCUACUGUUGGUUUCUCUAGUUCACG